UAAUCUGUAAAUGUAGUAUUUUCCCAAAUAUCCAAAUCAAAUCUUCUGGAAGAGGAUAAUAAUAACUAAACGCAUGUGUCAGAGCAUUGCAAAUGAUCUUGAUUCAUGCUGCCAAAGGGAAGGUGAGCGGGUCAUUUUUUCUAUAGCCAUUGAAGAUAUAUAGAUUGACAGAUCCUUGCUCAUCAACUAAGCUUCUGCUCUACAUGAUAUAAGUAGGUGAAAAAAGGUGUUUAUGCAGAUGAGAAUGGAGGCUUUAAGAGUGUUUGCAGUUGGGAUUUUGGUGGGGUGGGUGUUGGGUGUGGUAGGUAAGGAAGUCACGGGUUUACCCAGUUGCCAUUUUCCGGCAAUCUUCAACUUUGGUGAUUCAAACUCCGAUACCGGUGGUAUGUCGGCAGCAUUUUAUCCGAUGGUAUGGCCAUUUGGUGAAACCUUCUUCCAUGAGGCAGUUGGGAGGGCGAGUGAUGGGCGUCUAAUGGUGGACUUCAUAGCUGAGCAUCUGAAGUUGCCAUACCUGAGUGCGUAUCUGGAUUCACUUGGAUCCAGUUUACGGCAUGGUAGAAAUUUUGGAGUGAAUUUCCGGCAUGGUGCGAAUUUUGCGACGGGAGGGGCGACCAUUUUGAGGCCAAACAAGACACUGUUUGAGUCUGGUGUUAGUCCAUUCUACCUGGACAUCCAGAUUGCACAUUUCGAUCAAUUCAAAGCUCGCACUACCUCUCUGUACAAUCAUGCCAAGUCAGCCUUCCAGAGAAGAAAACUGCCGAGGCCUGAGGACUUUUCGAAGGCUCUUUACAUACUCGAUAUUGGACAGAAUGAUAUCUCUGCUGGUCUUUCAAAGAAAGAAGAAGAACGCCAAGCAUAUAUCCCGGAAUUGGUGAACAAGUUGAGCGCAGCAGUCCAACAUCUGUACGAACAAGGAGCAAGGGCAUUCUGGAUACACAACACUGGCCCCUUUGGUUGCUUGCCAGUAUCGAUAUUAUACGCCCCAAAUCCACAAGGCACGCUGGACAAGUGUGGGUGUCUCAAGUACUCAAAUGGAGUAGCCAUGGAAUUCAAUAAGCAGCUCAAGGAAGCAGUGGUCAAGCUAAGGGCGGACCUCCCAGAAGCCGCACUAACAUACGUUGACAUCUAUGCAGCAAAAUAUGCGCUAAUAAGUGAUGCAAAGAAGCAAGGAUUUGUAGAACCACCUGAAAAAUGCUGUGGGAAAAGGGUGAAUGGCGUGGAUGUCCAGUGCGGGCAGAAGGCAAAUGUGAAUGGUACUGAAGUCCAUGCUGCUUCCUGCAAAAAUCCUUCAUCAUACAUCAGCUGGGAUGGUGUGCACUACACAGAGGCCGCUAAUCAUUGGUUCGCUAAACGAAUAAUCAUGGGUUUAGUGUCAGACAAUUCAAUACCCAUGGCCCAAGCAUGUCAUAAAGCUCAUCAUGUCUGAUCAUUGAUCGCCAUGAGAGGAAUCCAGCACGAGUGUAUAACAUGGGCUCUUCAGCUGAAUUUCUACCAGUUCGGUUUCGUGUC